AUGAUCAAGAAAAUGGUCGACAAAAAGAGCGGCAACUACUCUGAUAGGCCAAAGCUAUACAUGCAAGAUAUCUGGGAAGGUUCACGGAUUAUCAUGCGGGGCUACGACUCCCUCUGGAAAGUGGAAAGAAAGCUCUAUCACCAAUUCCUGAAUAUCAACAAGGCUGGAAGAUAUAUCCCGUACCAAGAUCUUGAAACGAAGCAAUUGAUUGUCGAUUUAUUGGAAAACCCGGCCAACUUCGAGGACCUCAUUACGAGGUCGACGCUGAGUAUAGCAACUAGUAUGGCUUAUGGGUUCCGGGUCCUCGAUACCAAGAGUGAAGUUAUGCAAGAGUUAUUUAAGAACACUCACGGCUUCUUCGUCAUGGUCAACAGCAGUAAACUCCUGGAUUGGUACCCUCAGCUCCGUCCUUUACUUCGACUGAUGCCUUCAUGGCUUUACCCAAUGGCGAGAGAAGCAAAACAAAUAUUUUAUCGCGAGAAGACACAAUUUCGACAAUUAUAUGAAGAUGCAAAAUGCGCUUCACAGAUGGAUAAUUCGUUGCCAAGUUUUGCAGCGGACAUUAGCAGAGCCAAGGAAACCUGGAAAGGCACAGAGAACGGUAGCCUUCUUACAGACCACGCGGGUUCUUAUAUCGCGGGAAUUGCCAUGGAGGGUGCUGCAGACACCACGAGCAAUACAUUGGCUGGCUUGAUAAAGGCUAUGAUGCUAUUUCCUAACGUUCAACAAAAGUGUCAAGAGGAGCUUGACGCAGUGGUUGGCGGUGGUAGACUCCCUACCAUUAAUGAUUUUGAAUCCCUGCCGUAUAUCCGGCAAACUACGAAGGAGGCAUUGAGAUGGCUCCCGACUGCUAUCAGCGGUGCCAUCCCGCACGCAGCGCUCUCCGAAGACAUCGUCGAUGGCUACCGCAUUCCCAGCGGUGCAACAGUUGUCAUGGCCGUAUGGUCUGUAAAUAAUGACUCUAGCCUGUUCCCCAACCCACGCAAAUUCGACCCGAGCAGACAUGAUCCGAACCUCUCGUUUUCAGAAGCAGCUGCAGCCCCGGAUUUUCGGGACCGCGACAAUUGGACCUUUGGUGCUGGAAGACGUAUCUGUCCUGGCAUCCACAUUGCAGAGAGAACUCUCUUCCUGGCCGCUGCUCGGUUGCUAUGGACGUUCGAGAUUCGAAAAGCCAAAGACGCUUAUGGGCGCGACAUUGAUGUGGACAUGGAUGAAGUCACUCAAUCGAUUGCCGCUCGCCCCCUUCCUUUCCCUUGCAACUUCGUCCCUCGCAGUGACAAGCACGUCCGAGUGGCUCAGAAAGAAUGGGCGGAAGCGCGGCAAUUGCUGGAUGAGCAUGGAAAUUACAAGCAUAAUGUACUUCAAUAG